AUGAUAACGUUUGCAGAGUGUUUAAUGGGUCAAACUGAAAAUGGUGAUCGGGCAGAGCAAAGAUCUGAAAAACUCAGUAAACCGUAUGAAUAUUCAGAUGCGUCUUCAGGCGCAAUACAGCGAGAUGGUAACGAAUCGCUUAGAAAUCAACAUAAGUGCGAGUUCGUGACGUUCGAUCGGGAUUGUUCCAAACAGUUAUUUCAAAAUAAAACAACAUCGUUUGUCUAUUCAAACGAGGACGUGGAUUAUAAUGCUAAAGAAAAGUCUGUCGACUGCCGUAAAAUCUUUUCGUUUGACAACCGCUUAGAUAGACAAACAUUCACUGACGAAUUGCAUUCCUGCAGAGGAAGCUCAAUGGCCACAUCAAAACACAACACACAAUAUGAGACAAUCGACAAAAUAUGUGACAAACUAUCAGUAACCAUAAUGAAAGUGUGCGAUAUAAUAUUGCAAACGCACAACGGAAAUUGUAUACACAACUCCAGCGACGGCGAUGGGAUCGAACAAAAUCGAACAAACAUCACCGGGAAAAUAGAUGAAUCGAUAAAUGAAUUUGUCCGGACAACUGAAAUCGCCACGAAUAUGUUGCGGACAUUUCAGACUGAUCGACUAAAUCAGGACAAACGUGACGUAAACGCCAUUUCCGAAGUACUGUACACGAUAAACGAAUGUUACGGCCGGCUGUUUUUGUUGAUAACGCGACCAGAGAAAUCCAAACUACUCAAAAACAUUGAUGGUGAGGGUUUGGAUCGUACAAAAAAAAAUUAUAGAGAGACAAAUAUCAUACGAGAAAGUUUUGCUGACGAAGGAGAGCACUACAACAGUGAUCUAGUCGUAUCUAGUGUUGUGAAAUCGAUUAGAAUGAGAAACGCAACCGACGCCAUUCCCGCCGAGGCGCUUGCAAUGAUCACGAACCCUACAAAGAUAAUACGUGAAACUAAUGUCAAAAAAUUAACAACUACGGGAUUAAUGAAAUGUGAUUCAUCAUGUAGCUCUCUGUUCGAUUACCGUGAUAAAAACCGUCUGAUUAAUUCAAAAAAUCAUUUUAACAAUAAAUUCGAUUGGGAGCUCGAAUCGUCGACAAAAGACGGAAAACAAAACGACAUCUAUCCAGAUAACAACGUUAUUGAUCCAUUUAUUGGUCCCAAAAAUCAUAGCGUUAAUAGUGCGUUAAGACAUAUGACCAGAAAUAUAAUUAAUAAAGAAAACAUUAUUUUAUCGAACAUUAAUACACCGAGAAAUUAUUAUAAAAUUGACAAUCAACAAAAUUUGAAAAAUAUUAAAAAGAUAAAUACAAAUAAACUGCCUAACCGUCAGCUAUUAAUGGAAUUAAAAUCUAAAAACACAUUCAAUUCUAUUGCUGCAAAUCAAACUUCAAAAAAAAAUGACAUUAUUCGUAAUCGUGAUAAUAGUAAAAACACUCAAUUCUGUAGAAAAGAACCGACACUUAAAACGGAAAAUACAAAAGUGUUUGAAGAUACAACGAAAAAAAGCACAAACAACUUAUCAUCAUAUUAUUAUAGUAACAAGAUAUGUUUUACAAACAAGGUUAUUAUUAAAAUAUUAUUAUACAACAAUAAAAUAUUUUUAACGAUUUUUUUUACUAUUAAGGAAACAUACGGCACCUUUUUUUUCCCCUCAAUAAUUUCCAAAAUCAAACCAAAUAAAAUCGAACAUGCUGAAGAGAAAAAGUUCAAAUUUUACGAAUCUAUGAAACAAGAUAUUAUGGGAGGAGCUUGGAGUAAACGGUUGAUUGAUUUAAAAAAAAAUGAAUCCAGGAAGGAGUUUAAAUGUAUCGAUUAA